CAUAUUCCAAGACUUAUUCUUUCUCCCUUCUCUCUGAAGAGGCCAAAUGCAUAGACCAAAACAGAGUACUGCAAGAGCUAAUAUCCUUUUCCCAUCUUUCCUUUUAAUUUGCAACUAUCUACCUUUAUAUUAUUUUAAAACUUUAUCAUUGGCCGGCAUCCUUUCUCCUCUUCCAUCAUUAGUCCCAAAUCUUAUGAUGCGUAUCUAACAAAUUAUUCAUUUAAGCAUCCCAUACAUCAAGGAGCAGAAACAUGUCUGCGAGACCCAGUCGCUUUCUUUCAGAAAUUUUCGGAAGAAAGUGGCAGGUGAUGGUAUUGAAAGUAUAAGAUGACAGGCAAUUUUAUAAUUAUUGGGAUCAUUGCUGUUGCCGUAAUUAUAAUGGCCUUUGCAUCUUGGUGUUUUCUGAAAAGGAAAUCAGUAAAAGUACUUCCAAAGGAGAAUCCUGCAAUCCAUUCAGUUUCUGUUUCUGAAACGUUGAUGCUUGAGGAGAAUGACUGCAAGCAAAUUUCUAUUAAAGAGAUUUAUUCUGCAACAAACAAUUUACAUUUGCACAACUUCAUUGGUCAAGGCAUCGCUGGAAAGGUGUAUAAAGGUGUUCUUUCAAACGGAUGGCAAGUUGCAAUCAAGCACAUCAUUAAGGAUGAACAAGCCGAGACCUUUCUAAGAGAAGUUACGAGUCUUUCUCAUGUGAGGCAUCCUAACCUUGUAAUAUUGCGAGGAUACUGUGAAAGACAACACGACUGCUUCCUUGUUUAUGAGCUCUACGGAAAUGGCUGUCUUUCUGAAUGGCUUUUUGGUAGAGGAAAAGUACUUUCAUGGCUUCAGAGACUUAAGAUAGCUAUAGGCAGCGCUCGUGGGCUUUAUUUUCUCCACACCUAUGAAGGAGGAUGCAUUGUUCAUCGUGAUAUCAAGCCAACCAAUAUUCUGCUAGAUGACAACUUUGAAGCCAAGCUAGCAGACUUUGGCUUGUCGAAAUUGAUAGACCUUGGUGUGUCUCAUGUCAGCUCUGAAGUGAGAGGUACCUUUGGCUACGUUGAUCCAGAAUACCGACGAAACCACCACGUGAAUGCUGCAGGAGAUGUUUACAGCUUCGGGAUGGUUCUGUUUCAAAUUAUUUCGGGGAAGAGAAUGAUCAGUCUGGACAUAACAAUGCCUGCAUCAUUAGACAAAAUGGCUAAGGCUCUUAUGAAUGGAGGAAAUACUUUGGAGUUUGUGGAUCCAAGAAUGAACGGAGAGUUCUCAAUGGAAGCUUUUAAUGUGGUGCUUAAAGUUGCCAUCUCUUGUACUGCGCACAAGCGACAGAGGCCAUCAAUGGGGGAGGUUGUGAAGAAGCUGGAGAGUGCGCUGGAAAUUUCAGCUAGACAGAAUGAUGCUUUUUCUGAGGCAAAAGAGCGCAGCAUACCGGCGAAGGAACGCUGCUCAGGUAUAGGCUCGUGCUGCAAGGCUUUAGGACUUUAGA